CAGAGCGAACUUCAGCCCCGUGUCUGCGCGCACUGUCCCCGCGUGUCUCCUCUCACAGCCCGGGACCGUGGCACCGUUUACCCCGCGGAGGAGAACAACGCACCGGAGCUGGCGUCCGUGCGUAAAAGUGCCCAUGUGCGAGUGUGGGAACCGGCGCUUAGUUUUGACAGAUUGGAAAAUACCUGAAACAUCUGGCAAGUCCGUGCAGCUACUUCUGCCCCCAUGACGUCCUCCAUCCCUCCUCUCCUUGUUCUUUUGCUGGUCCUGGGUUCACAGACAGCCCUGAGUCAGUCCAGCGAACCGUCAGAGCCCAUGUGUUAUGACUGGGGGGAGUCCAGUGAGGCUGCGGUGCACGUUUUGGUGGGACAGUCUGGCUUCCUGUCCUGUCCACUCUUCUCUCACCCGUCUGUCUACAACUACUCCUCCACCCAGAGCACCGGACACAACCUCUUCUGGUACAGGGUCCUCGAGGGCCACGACCUGGAGCAGCCCAUCACCAACAGCGCCAGACUCAGCAAAGACAGAGAGCGCCUGUGGCUACAGCCGGCUAAUGCGAAUGACACUGGACAGUACAUCUGCAUGAUACGGAAUAAGACGUCUUGCAGUAAAAUCGCGAUGCGUCUCACUGUGCUGCGGCCCGAAGACGUCGCCCACCGCAACAGCUGUGCACCUGCGGUUGCCGUGGCAGCGACACACAAGGAGAUCCCGUUUCAGAAUGGCGAGGUCCUGGACUGCCCCGACGCUCAGGAGGCCGCCAAGAUGGCCGACAGCACCCCCACUGUGACCUGGGUUCAUCUGGGACUACGGAGCAAGAAAUGCCUGCAGUUCCCAAUCCGAGCCCCUGAACGACAGGUGAAGGGCCUGUCGCUGCAGGUGCACAUCAUGAUGGAGUUUUUCCAGGGCCUGUACUUCUGCUCUGUUCAGUACCAGCGCAAAGGACGAGCGCUCACCUUCACCAGAGUCAUCAACGUCACCGCAGUCAACUCAGUGGGAUCUAAAGAACCAACCAUUUUGCAGCCGACCAAAGAUUAUGUAUUCAACGUUAAACAAGGUGAAGAGGCCAGUCUGGUGUGUACGGCUCUGUUUCCAUAUCUGAACUCUCCCUGGGAAAUGUGGUGGAGCAUCGAUGGAAAAACAGUGGAGCAGCUCAAUGACCCAAGGUUCACUAAAACAGCCAGUCAGCUGAAGCUGGACUAUGGGGACCGCACGGAGCAGAGUAUCUUGGUCAUUGACGACUUCCAGCCGGAGGAUCUGAACCACGAGUUUAACUGCUCUGUGAAGAACGCCCUCGGCCACCGGACUCGACGCGCUCUCAUCAAACUCGAGACCCCCCUGCCGUCUCUGGAGCUAGGCUGUGGUCUGGGGGUCACACUCUUCCUCAUGCUAAUCCUCUUCGUCGUUUAUCAUGUGUUCUGGCUGGAGCUGCUGCUGAUCUACAGGUCCUGGUUCGGUACAGACGAAAGACACACAGAUGAUAAGGAGUUUGACGUGUACAUCUCGUACGCCCGAAACAGUGAAGAAGAGCAGUUUGUUUUGUCCACGCUCAGAACCGUGCUGGAGAAUGACCUGGGCUACUCCGUGUGCAUAUUUGACCGGGACAGUUUACCAGGAGGAACCAUCACAGACGAGACUCUGGGUUUCGUUGCACGCAGUCGGCGCCUCCUGGUGGUCAUCAGCCCCGGUUACGCCUCGCAGGGGUCCCAGGCGCUGCUGGAGCUCAAGGCAGGCAUCGACGGCAUGGCUCUGGGGGGGCACCUGCGGGUCAUCCUGGUGCAGUACCGGCCCUUAAAGAGACAGGUGUGGGUGAAGGAGCUGAGGAGGGCCAGGGUGGCGUUGGCGCUGGUCCGUUGGCAGGGGGAGAAGUCCAAAGAUCUCACGUCGCGGUUCUGGAAGAGGCUCAGGGUGGAGUUGCCUUUGCAGAGGAAGAGCGUGGGGAUGGAGGGCGGGAAAGAUCUGAUGAGGAUGAGCAGUCAAAACAGCACCAGCUCCCAAACUGGACUCAUCUCCCAGACAACCAAGAGCCCUGAGACUGUGUACAACUACGCAGCGUGAUGUCCACUAUUCUAGUGUUCAUGAGUUUCAGAUUGAUGAGAAAUUUUGAUUGUUUUAUAGUGAUUAAUGACAUCUUUGAAUGAGAAAAAGUCUUCAAAAUGUUGCCAAAGAAACCCAUGAGAGUACCAUUUCAGAAAAGACUCACUAUUUGAAACUCUACUCUGUACAUAUAUGGACUUUUUAAAGACCAAAACAUACGCACACAUGCCUUUUAAUAUAUGCAGCCAAUUUAAGAUGGAACAGUGGAAAUGGUGCCAGUAGGUGCUCGAGUAGCUUACUAAUGGAGUAGCGCAAACUUAAAGGGACCAUAUUAUCCUAUUUCUGAUCUAUGUUAUAAUGUUGUUUCCUUGUCAAAAACAGACCUGGAGUUGUGUUUUGUUUACAUUUUUACAUAUUCAACACACAGACCCUGUAUAUUUAGGCUGAGCUCCUCUUUUAAACAGAAAUCAUUUGGAUAAUUUCAGCUCUGGAAUUUCCAAUCUCUACAGAAAUAGAGGUAAAACGUAGCUGUCAACUUGAAAACUACAACAAUAAUAAAGGAUUUCUCACACAUAACACAACUCCGGGUACGUUGAGGAGGUAACAAUGUUCGAACAUGGUUUAAAUCUCACAAGAAUCAAUUAUGUCUAAUAUAGGACCAUUAAAGGGGCUGUACCUGAUUUUCUGUUUUGCCGCAGUACAGAUGUAUCCUGAAUGCAGAUCUUAAAGCCGCCGCACACUACAGGAGAAAUUGCCUGAUUUUGGCUGUGAUUUGCUUCUCCCCGUGACCCAACGUUGUCUUUGUGUUUGAUUUUGAAGCUGUUGUGUUCCUUGUGUGUGGUGUCAGUGUGACUCUGAGCUGCUCUGUCUGAUCUUAACCACCAAACAUCAGCAACACUACAGUAAUGGCCAAAAAAAUGGAGCAUCAGGGGCAGCAACUUCCAAACUCAGGAAAUAGUGAAAAUAACGAGAAGACUUUAUUCCUCACCCCUCGUAAAGUGGUAAAUUUAAACUGCAGCAUAUCAUCCACAUUAUCUAUAGAAAUUGUCCUCUGUAAACCAUGACAUCCAGUCCACAAAACUGCACUGUUAAUCCAGUUUGAAGCGUUCUUUAAAAGUAAAAAGGUGAGAGUAGUUCCUCACGUGUGUCUUUACAUCCACACAGUGCACAGAUCGAGGUGAAGCUGCAGAUUAGUGAUAGUGACUCUACUAUCCUGUGGACUUUAUCUCCAAUCUUUUAUGCUUUAAAAAUCUUGUAUCUGAAGUAGGGAUGGGCAUGAGUAGUUGAUUAAUCGAUAAUUGAUCAUUAAGAAUUUCAUCGAUUACGUUCAUUUUAAUCGACAAACCGAAUGUAGGUUGUUGUGCGUAGUGUGACCAAACAGGGGUCCGGACAUGUAGCUCUCUGCACUCAGAAGGAGCGAGCAGACACAGUUGGUCAGUCUGCAACGUACCGAAGCGCAAAUGCGUACUUAAGGAUGACUUGUACAAGAAAUCCCACGCUUUCCAUUCUGGUUAGGACAAGUGUGAGUCCAUGUGCACAGUGUACAAAGCAGCACAUAUGUUUCGGUGUCCAGUUGGAAAAAUAUUUGCCAGGUGAGAGAAGCGCAAUGUCGAUGACGAGUCCCCACCUCCCACCCCCCGUACGGUGUCCUGGGUUUGACAAAAGCAAAUAUGAUCACACUAACCUGUAUUCCACUGAGUCGUGCCGCAUCAGCACACAAGAACUGUUUUUUUUCUUCACUUAAUUUAUGUAAAUUAGCCAUGCGGUUUUAAGUUUUGUUUCAGUGAGAGUUGCACAAAUCUGCAUUAAACACAUUAUAAUGUCAAAUGGAUUGAUGUGGCUCUAGAGUGGUUACGGUUUACAUUGCAGAUUAGUAGUGCAGAUAGUAAUAAUAAUGAUGAUCAUUUUAAUAUAAAAACGUUAAUGAUUAAUCUAUAAUCGAUCGUUAAUUCUCCCGAUGAUCGAUUAAGAAAAUUUAAUUGAAUGCCCAUCCCUAAUCUGAAGUACUGCUCCACAUUUCACAAAUAAUAAUAGCUCAGUUUUGACUUGUAUCUAAACUAGAAGUGCAGUGCUCUGAUCUUUUCAAUACUUAAAGAGUCUUAAAGCGAGUCGUUUUUCAGUAGACGGGAAACAGCUGACACGAUGGCGCUCACAACUCUUAGCUUAUGGUCCACAGACAUAUCCCAUUGUAGUCUUUGAGAUCGGAGAUUUUAAGUCUCAUUCUCCUCAUGUCUGUUUUGUGCACUUUUUGUCACACGUUUAAUAAUAGUUUGAGACCAAAAAAUCCCAUAAUGUGUGGCGGCCUUUAGGCUCAAAAUGUGACUGCUGUAUGCAGUCUGCAUCUAAUUCAAAACAUUUUACCGUCUGCAAAUCAGGACGAGUAAUUCUGAUUCCCCAUUAACAUCCUAGUUGUUUUUAGUAUUCCCGUGAUAGUAAAACUUUGCUCUGACCGUAUAAGCUCAAGUAAAGUGAGGAAUAACUUCGGAGUGCUUCAAAUGAACUAGGUCUGUUUUUCACAUUUUAAGGUAAAAUCAGGUACAGCUCCUUAAAGCAUUCAAGUAUGUGUGUUUGUUUUGUCUGCAAAGAACUGAAUUGUGGGGAGUCCUUUUUUUUUCAAACAAGGUAUAUGCUAAAAUGCUCAGAAUGAUAUUGGCCAUAACAACAAACUUUGGCCGGCCAGAUAUUUCAAGUACUUAUAUUGGUGGACCCUGUUUAAAAGUCCCUUGAUUUCACAAUAAUUUCAAUCUUCAGACAUGGACCAUCUCCACAAAUCAUUAAAUAUAGUAAUGAAGAGUCUAAUAAUAAUAAUAACUAAUGGAUGUUUCAGACAGUCAAAAGCCCAAAGACUGAGUUAUCACCGGGCUUUAAAGGUGCACUGUGUGACAUUUCGGGUGGAGAUGUGCCUUGAAUAUUCCACAGUAUAAACCAUAAACCUAUGAAUCUCCAUGGAGACUUGCAAGCCAAAUUAUAAGUUAGAUUUCUGGAGAGGUGACUGAACUUUUUUUUUUUUUUUUUAGAUAUUUUUGAGCAAUAAAUGACACCUGUAAUUGAAUAAAUUCAAGAGAGAUUAGUUUAAUGCAGGUGUCUCCAACAUUUUUCCUCUGGUGAGCUCCUUUACAAAACGAAGAUACCAGAGAGCUACUCAUUUUAGUUUUGGUCACAAGAAAUUGAGUAAAUAUAAGAGUCUUACAUCGGGAACAGUUAGAUUUUUAUUUAUUCCUAUUAUAGAUACCUAUAAAACAUUUACACAAUUAUUAUCGAUUUAUUAGUGCACAAAGACAAACAUUUAAUAGGCAUUUAAUUAAAUCUAACUUAACUUAUUCAGCACAAUACAUAUGAUUCAGAAAUUCCUUGGCGAGCUGCUUGGAAGUAGCCUGAUUCAUCUCGCAGCAAUAGAGUUUAUUCACUCGACAGUAGGCGGGUACUUUUUUUAAUUUAACCAAUCACUACUAUUUGGUUGUGACGUAUGUAAAGCGCCGCUAACGGGGCUAACUGGUAUAUUAAGCUUUUCCCAAAUUCUGUAGGAAGAAGGACAAUAACGUCUUUCCCCUUGAUAAAAUUCACCAAACAUUCUCUUUGUUCCGGCUUUAAAUCCUUGAUCUCGUGAAUCGUUGCCAACACAGAAUGUAUGGCCGGUUCGCGAUCUACAACUUCCAGGGUUCUUGCAAACCGUCUAGUGUAUUCUGAUUCCUGACCUAGUCACUGAAGAGAAAUGAAAUUGAGCGGAGGCAUUAGGUGGGGUGGAAUGGGGUGGAGAGCUGCUGGUUGCUCCCGUUUAAUGCCAUACUGUGGACAAUGUGUUAAUAUCUCCAUGGAGACAAAACAGGUUGCGUACCCCCUCAAGAAGAGUUACACAGUGCACCUUUUAAACACAACAGAAAAUAUAUAUGUACAUAAAUAUUUUUUGCCUCCAAGCUUUUACCAAGUUGGACGGUAUCCAUAAUUUUCUCUUAAUCAUUUGCACAAGAUUUGCAUUAAAUUUAAUCCUACCUACUGCAAAGCCCAUUUUAUCAAAAACUAUUUACUUUUUAAAGGGCCCAUAUUACGCUAUUUUUAGAUCUAUGUUAUAAUGUUUCCUCAUCAAAAACAUAUCGAGUUGUGUUUCGUUCCAUUCACACAUGUUUAACGCACAAACCCUGCACAUUUAGGCUCAGUUUUGUCUUAAACACAAAAUGGUCUGAUCCACCUUGUGAUGUCAUGUGGUAAUACAGGAAGUGCUUUGGUGUGUUUUUGAACUCUGUAUGCCUUCGCUAGAAUCAUUUGGAUCAUUUCCACCCAGGAAUUGCCAAUCUUUACGGUAGCUGUUAACUUGAAAACUACCACUUCAUGACAUCACAAGGUUGAACAGAGCAUUUUGGAGAUGUAGACAGACGAAUAAUGAUGAUUCCAGCAUGUGUGAAUGAAACAAAACACAACUCCAGGUCUGUUUUUGAGGUAACAGCAUUAUAAGAUGGCGUUAAGCUCACAAGUAAUAUAGGACCUUUAAACGUGUAAACUUGAGUGUGUUUUAUAACCCACACUAACACGAGACUGGGACCAUGCAGUGUAUACAUUUUGCACCUCAAUCCCUCAAUUUUAAUAUGCUCUACUGUUUGAGACACUUUUAUACCUUUUCAGUUUUACUUUAUACAAACCUGUGGUAUUUUCAUUUUAUAAGGGAUAUUUGCUGUUACUGAAUGUAUUUGUGUUAUUUUAUGCUCCCUGUUAGCAGAGAGAUUUGAAAAUCUCUGAAUUCAUAACAUAAGUUGGGUUGUAAUUUUACCAUAAACUCUAAUAAUGAGAUUUUAAAGGGCACAUAUUACAUUAUUUUCUGAUCUAUUAUGUUAUAAUGUUGUUUCCUCAUCACAAACAGACCUGGAGAUGUGUUUUGUUUCAUUCACAUGUUUAACGCACAAACCCUGCAUACUUUAGCUGAGUUCUUCUCUACAUUCACCCCUCUCUACUGAACUAAAGGUAAAAAGUACCACUACAUCACAUCACCAGGUGGUACAGAACAUUUUGAGCAUUGGAGAUGUACAGACUAAUAAUAAAUAGUUACUCAGAUAUGUGUGAAUGAAACAAAACACGACUCCAGGUCUGUUUUUGAUGAGGUAACAACAUUAUAACACAAUUUAAAGCUCAUUUGUUGUAAUAUAGGAGCUAAAAGUGGUUUCAGACAUACUUAUACACUACCAGUCAAAAGUUUUAGAACUUCACACUUUUUCCAUUUUUUUACUGUUGACCAAAACGUAUUCUAAACUUUUAAUUCAUGAACGUGUCCAUCUUUGGCAGAUAUAACAGCUGAACACACUUGUGGCUCGUUCUUUCUACAAUAGAAAUUAAAUAUUGUUCGGAAAGUUCUUCCCAAGUCUCUUGCAGAAGUUCCUAUAAAUAUGUGGCACUUGUAGGUUUCUUGGCUUUCACUCUUCUGUCCAGUUCAUCCCAAAACCAGCUCGAUGGGGUUUAAAUCUGGACACUGUGCUGGACACUCCAUGUUUUCAAGCUUUACCAUCUUGUUCUUUUUUCCUGAGGUCAAUUUCAUUGGAUUUGCACAACUUGAAUUGCAAUAAAUAACUGGAAAAAUUGGGGUGCUCUAAAACUUUUGACCAGUAGUGUAUACUUAAAGGGACAGUUCGGAAUUUUGGACAUAGGGCCUCAUUUUCCUAG